AUGCCUAGCUCAACACACUCCGUCUCCUCGUCAACCGUGCACGAAAAGGCACCCACGCCUUUGGUAGCAGGCGCCGACGAGAAGAACCAAUACCGGCCGCCUUCCCACAGCCCCUCGCAGAGCUACAAGGCCACGGCCGACGCCUCGACCUUGAAUCCCGGCUCGGAGCGGGACCUUGAGCGCGGCCCCGUCGCCGCUGUUGGGGAUGACGACGACGGCUACAGCUCCUCCGAAAAGCACCCGGCCGGCGCGGCGGUGCGGUCCGGCGAUGCCAAGCCCGGGCAGGACCCACCACUACCGGCUCCAGCUCCGGCCGGCGGCGGCCCCCCCGGACCGGGCGACUUCCCGGACGGCGGGGUCGAGGCGUGGCUGGUGGUGCUGGGUGGGUGGUGCGCGCUCUUCUGCACGUUCGGGCUCAUCAACUGCGUGGGCGUCUUCGAGCAGUACUACGUCCACGGCCCGCUGCGGCAGUACUCGAGCUCGACGGUCAGCUGGAUCCUGUCGGUGCAGGUGUGGACCAUGAUCUUCAGCGGGACCGUCUUCGGGCGUCUCUUCGACAACUACGGCCCGCGGUGGCUUCUCUGGGGCGGCACCGCGGCCUACGUCUUCGGCCUCAUGAUGGUGUCGCUGUCGCGCGAGUACUACCACUUCUUCCUCGCGCAGGCCGUCGUCGCCUCCCUCGGCUCCAGCGCCGUCUUCACCUCGUGCAUGUCCUCGCUCGUCAGCUGGUUCUCCCGCAACCGCUCGGCCGCGUUCGGCGUCAUGGUCUCGGGCUCGUCGGUCGGGGGCGUCGUCCUCCCCAUCAUGAUGACCAAGCUCAUCGAGCGCGUCGGCUUCCCCUGGGCGAUGCGCGCCGUGGCCUUCAUGUUCCUCGGCUUGCUCGUCCUUGCCUGUCUGACGGUCAAGCCGCGCCUUGCGCCGACGCCGCGCCCGUUCAAGUUGGUCGAGUACGUCAACAACCUGAGGGACGUGCGCCUGCUCGUCACCAUCAUCGGCUUCUUCCUCUUCAUGUGGGGCAUGUUCCUGCCCUUCAACUACGUCCUGCUGCAGGCCGAGGCGGCGGGCACGUCGCCGAGCCUGAUUCCCUACCUGCUGCCCAUUCUCAACGCCGUGAGCAUCUUUGGGCGCAUCAUCCCCGGCAUCGUCGCCGACAAGCUGGGCCGCUACAACGUCAUGGUCAUCAUCACCUUCGUCUCGGCGCUCUUCUGCCUGGCCGUGUGGACGCCCGUCACGAACACGGCGGGCAUCCUCGUCUUCAUGGUCAUCUUCGGCUUCUCGUCGGGCGGCUUCAUCUCGCUGGGCCCGACGUGCAUCGCCCAAAUCUCCGACAUUCGCGAGAUCGGCACCCGCGUCGGCACCGCCUUCGCCAUCCAGUCCUUUGGCGCCCUGACGGGCAGCCCCAUCGCCGGCGCCAUCGUCCAGGCGCAGCACGGCAGCUAUCUGGGCCUGCAGCUGUUUUGCGGCUUCUCCAUGCUGGCCGGGUCGAUUGUCUUGCUUGGCGCGCGGUUCGCGCAGGCCGGCCUGAGGCUGGUCAAGGUGUAG